CAGCAUCGGGAGCCUCCCACCGAGCCGGGCUUAGCAGCCCGCGGCGGCCGGCGUCGCCGCUGCUGCGUUGGGGCCUCUGGGUGCGCUGGGGGCCGCGCUGAUGUCCAGGGCGGCUUCGCGUGCGGCCCAAGGGGAUCUUCAAGCCACUCUGGUGAAGCAUUUGGCAGAAAGAAGGAAAACAUCUCCAUUAUUCUUUGGUGGGAAGACUAGUUGACUGUACAUUGGACUUGGACAUGGAAGCUCAUCUUGCAGAUGUGGAAACAUCUGGGGGUCUGACUGGUUCUUUAGCCAGUACAUCUAGAUAUGCACCUGUGGAAGAUGAUGAUGUUGUGUUCGUUGAAUCAAUACAGCCUCCAGUUUGUGCUCCAGCAAUACCUAAUGAAAGAAACUUUGUAUUUGCUUCCUCAAAACAUGAAAAUCCACAAGGAACUGAUUCUACAAUUCCCACUUCUUCAAGAGAUUUAACUUCUCAGAAAGGAAAUAUAUGUGAAACAAUUGUAAUUGAUGAUGAAGGGGACAUGGACACAAAUGGAGAGGAGGAGAAAAAUCCUACCAACUUUAUUGAAUGGGUACCUCAUACAAAUAAAAAUAGUACCAAAAAUGUGGAUUUCCCCAUUGCCAGUCUAUCAAGAAGCAAGAGCAAGACUGCAAUAGGAUCCUUUAAUCCCGGUAGGAUCGAUGUCACAGAUGCAGUUCAGAAUGGAAAAUUUGCAGUUCAUCACAAUCCUGAUUCUUGUAUCUCCCAGUCAGCAUCAUUUCCUCGUAACCAGAAACAACAAAAGGUGGAUUCUUUAUCACCAGUGGCCUCACUUCCUAAACAGAAUUUCCAGCCCUCAAACCAACAACAUCUUACUAAACCUGCUAAUAAAAUCACUUGUGCAAACUGCAAAAAUCCUUUGCAGAAAGGGCAGACAGCUUACCAGCGAAAAGGAUCAGCUCACCUCUUUUGUUCAACCACCUGCCUAUCUUCUUUCUCCCAUAAGCGUACUCGAAAGACACGGAAUGUAAUGUGUAAAAAAGAUUCUCCUGUGAAAACCACAACUAUUGUUCCUCCAGUGGAGUCAAGCAAGUCCUUAAAAGAAUUUUAUAGUGCAUCUCUGUCUCCUUAUGAAAACUGCCAGAGUCUUAGGAAAGAAGUUUUUACUAAGUCAAGAUGUAUAAUCUGUAAUAAAUUAGGAGAGGUUCGCCAUGAAAUCAGUGUUAACAGUAUAACACAUAAACUGUGCAGUAAUAAUUGCUUUAAUGAAUACAGAUUGACCAAUGGUCUAAUAAUGAACUGCUGUGAACAAUGUAGCAAGUAUAUGCCCAAGAGUACUGGACACAGCAUUCUGAUUACAGGUCAGCAAAAGAGAUUCUGCUGCCAGAAUUGUGCUGAUGAAUAUAAAGAGAUAAUGGAAGCAAAAUCAAAAAUACUUUUACAAAACAGAAAAAGGAAUGCUAUCAGAGAAGCAAAUGAAAAAAUAUUUCAUGGAUCAUCAAGUACACUUUCAGGAAAUACAGGAGAAAUACCAGAAAAAAAGGAAAAGAUUUCAGAGAUAAUAAAAGUUGCAGCAGACUGUAGCCUAGAUACAUCAUCAGAAGAACAAAAUGUGACUUUACCUUGUUCUGUGGCAGCAGUAUCUGAUACAUUUCAAGAGCAACUAGGAGACAAACAUUCAGAGGAAUUUGAUAUCUCCGCUGUACUUUCUUUAGACCCAGGUUCAUGGCCCCGAAUUUUGAGUAUGAAACAACGAGAAUUUCUUGUCAAAAAUGAUCCACCUCAAAUAAGAAAUUUUAAUUUUCCAAAAGACAGUGCAGGCAAGAAGUUUUCAGAAACGUAUUACACUCGAAUUCUUCCAAAUGGUGAGAAGGGCAUCAGACCCUGGCUGCUCUACUCAGCCUCUAAAGACUCUGUAUUUUGCCUAUAUUGCAGACUUUUUGGGGAAGGAAAAAACCAACUGAGAAAUGAGAAUGGGUGCAAAGAUUGGCAUCAUUUGUCACAUCUGCUUAGUAAACAUGAAGAAAGUGAAAUGCACAUCAACAAUAGUGUUAAGUAUUCAAAAUUAAAAUCUAACUUGGAAAAUAAAACCAAUGAUGCUACAGAAGAUGAAGAAAAUUGUGUGCAACUGUUGUACACAUAAUGUCCUGUCUGCUCUACAUAUGACAGUGUCUGCAUUACCCAGACACUGUCAUAAAUGUUUUUUGUACCAUACACUGUGUAAAAGGCGAGUUCACUAGCAAUAUGCCUAAAAGCAAAUAAAUAGUAAAAAAUGUUCCUGUUCUAAAUCUAAAAGCAGUUGGCAAGUAUAGUUAUUCUUGUUGAUGUUAGCAAAGGCAAUUUGAGCUUUGUCACUAUGAGGGUUCUCACCUUGUAAAGUGUCUGUGGAGGAUUUCUACCUAAUGGCCUCAGAGCCAUUAGAAAAGGCAAGAUGCAUAUGUAACAAGCUAAAGAAAAUAUAUUCAGGCCACAAGAUGGUGGUGCAUGCCUUUAAUGUCAGCACUUAGAUACAGAUAGUUGGAUAUCUGUGAGCUCUAGGUCAGCCUGGUCUACAGAGCAAGUUCCAGGACUGCCAAGGCAUACAAAAACCCUGUCUCAAAAAAGCAAAAAGAAGGAAAAAAAGAAAAUGCAUCCAAACCGCUUAAAAAGCUAUGGCUACUUGCUAUUAAACCAAAUUCUUGAGUUUUAUUUCUUUAAAACAUUUUUUUUAUUUGAUCAAAACAGUUUAUUUGCUGUGGUAAAUAGAGGUAAUUUGUGUUUUAUUGAUUUUUAUAUUUUCUAAAUUCAAUGUGUAAAUGUUUUAGUUUUGUUAUAAGAAUUGAAAGAAUAUAUAGCUAUUAGUAUAAAUACAAGAAACAUUAAAAAAUGGUAUGUAUAUAUGUGUGUGUAUAUAUAUGUAUGUAUAUAUAGUUAACUUUUCAGUGUUAUGUUAAUUUUUCCUGUGAAAGUAUACUCCAUGUGUGAAAUUUGAGAAACUAUGAAUCUAAAAAUUUUUUUCUUCAGACUUAAUUGAUUUUUGUUUUCUUGUAUAAAAGCCCUUAGUUAUAGAACUGGGAAUGGUGGCACUCAGGAAGCAGAGGCAGAUGGAUCUCUGAAGUCAAAGCCAGCCUAGUCUACAGAGUGAGUUUCAGGACAACUGGGGCUACAUAUCUCAACAAACACAAAGAAAAAACUUGUGUGGUAGCUACAUCUGGAGCUUGGGUCUUCUAGAUGAAGAUUGUCAGUGAAUUCCUGGAAAGGAAACUUAGUGAAGACAGUCUUUCCAGAGGCUGGAGACCAAGUAACUGUAGGAGUUAGAGUGACCUCAACACAAUUGCCAAGGGUGGCAGGGCAACCCCUGACUGAUGGGUGGCAGUCAUCAAUACUGGCUGGCCAUCAGCAAUAGCUUCUUGGGCACAGGAGCAGGCAUGAUACCAGUGUCUGUGGAGACGGGGAAGAGAUACACAAACACAGGCACAAUUGCCUGUUAGCUUGUGUAGAACUGUGGUGCUUGGGCUGGAGAGAUGGCUCAGCGGUUAAGAGCACAGACCUCUCUUCCUGAGUUCAAUUCCCAGCAACCACAUGGUGGCUCACAACCAUCUGUAAUGAGAUCUGAUGCCCUCUUCUGGAGACAGGAGCUGUCUGAAGAUAGCUAUAAUGUACAUAUAAUAAAUAAAUCUUAAAAAAAAAGAAAACAAAAGAACUGUGGUGCUUGCCAAUCUUGUUUCUCCAGUAGCCUCUCCACACAGGGAGGGUAGAAAGCUUGGCCAAGGUAAUUGUGUCCUUUUGGGAGGCAGUGGUAGCCUCCUUGGAGCAAGGCCCACAUGGCCAUUGUAGUCCCCAAAAAACCUUCACCUGGACCAAUGGCAGCCCCCAUCUGCUCCUGCACUGGCAUGGUCUUUAGAGCCUCAUCCUCCAGGGAUGUACUCAGGAAAAAGUCAAUGAUCUCAGACCCCCUCUUGGGCGCGGAGAACAAGCAGGUAGUUCUCUUCCAGGAACCUGAUCUCAUGUCCUUGACUAGUAAGUUCAGCUUGUCCCUCCCUGGCCUAACUCCUAGAGCACCAAAGCCAUGAGCACUUCUGCAACUCCCUGGGCCUCCAGGCCCUCCAGCCAUACCAGCUUCAUUGGCCAUUUGGCAUUUUCCUAAAGAAGUAGUAAAAUAAAAAUUUUUGAUGGCUAUCCAUGGUCCCAAUCUUGGAUUUGAUAGUGUUUCUCUUUUGAUUUCUGAUGUUAAUUUUAUCAUCUGUUAAAUUCUUAGGAAUAUGUGAGCUUUUUUCCUCCUUGGGGCUUUUCUUGCAAAACAGUGUCAUUAACAGUGAAUGACCCAAGGAGAUACUUCCUUCUGCACGGGAGCACUUGAGGCUCAGCCAUGUUGCUCUGUGACAGUAUUUUCUAAAAUAUCCACUAAAACCAUUCUAGGUAAAUUAGACCUUUCCAGGCAGAGGAUGUAGUUUAGUUAGUAGAAUGCUUGCCUAGCACACAAACAACUGUAGGUUUAAUCUGCAGAGUGCAUUAGUGUGUGGCAGCAGGCCUGUAAUCAUAUAGUACUACGGUGAAAGAAACAAACAGCCACUGUGAAGCAACCCUUGGGAUUAGGAAACCCUGUCUCCAAAAGAAACUUGCUUUUAAUCAUUUAGGCUUGGAUCUAAGUGAGUCAUGGUGGCUGUCAGCUGUAAUCUCAGCACUAGGGAGGGUGAGGCAGGAGGAUUGUAAAUAAUUCAAGGCCAAUUUGGGAUACAUAAUGAGUUCUAGGCCAGCCUGAGCUAUAAUGUGCUAGUCUCAGAUAGAAACUGGUGGAUUUUAAUGUAACUACAGCUUUGUGGUGUCUCCAAAAUGUCACUUUACAUUAUUCAGAGGUCUAUGAGGAUACUUUUUAGUUUAUGUGUAGGAGUGUUUUGCCUAUAUGUAUGCUAAAUGUACCAUGUGUGUACCUGGUGCCUGCAGAAGUUAGAAGAGGGUGUUAAAUCUGGACCUGAAGUUACAAGUUUUGUAAGUUACCCUGUGGGUGCUGGGAACCAAGCCUGGAUUCUCUGUGGCUCUAGGGUCUUAGUUCUCCUUGCUGCCUUGAUUUGGUAGUGAACUGAGAACAUCAAGUGGAAAUAACAUUUUUCUGCUAUUGGAGUCAUCCUCUCCACUGUCCACAUAUUUGUUGUUGAAAUACUUCCCAGGACAGGGUUGCUCUAUGACUUGAAUAUAAAAGUAUAUAUAGCUUGAUAUACUCGGUUUACAACUGGCAUUCAGACAACAGUAGUAGUAGUAGGAAAUCUGAUCCAUUUGUAGUGUUCUGCCUCUUGGGAAUCAGUAUCUUGUAUAUCAAUUUCAACUGGAAAUGAAAAUUGGGUCCCUUUAUUGCUGAUAUUCUUUGGUGAAAAUAGGGUUGUUUUAUUGUAUUUUUUUCUCCCUGCUCUCCACUCCCUCCCUCCCCCAGACACAUACACACCAAACCCCACUCCUGGAAUUUGCAAUAUGGGAGGGAAACAAUAUUGACAUUAUGUAUUUAAUUGUAAAACUUUUUUUUUUUUUUUAAAUAUGAGGCCUUAAUGUGUAGCCCUGACUGGUGUAGAACUUAGAAGAUCAGACUGACCUCAAACUCACAAAGAGCUAUCUGCCUCUUCUUCAUAGGAAUAUUGGAAUUAAAGGCUUGUACUACUA